AUGGGAAAUGCUAUCAUCUCAUCGCAAGGAGGAUACUGGCGCAUCCAUAAGCUUCCAUCAGCCUCGUCGCCGUCCGUCUCUAAAGAUAACCCCUCAAGGUUAUCUGUACUCUGUGUCCUUUGCACCUAUGCUCUCUUUCCUGAAGUUGCACUGGCUGGGCAGUGCUGGCAAGCAGCUACCUACCCAGAGACCAUCAUUUCCCCAGACCUGAAGACCAGCAGUAUCCUGCGGGUACCAGAGGUGGUGUCUCUGGCCCAGUGUGCAGGAGCGUGCUGUGACCUCCUGGGUUGUGACUUGGCCUGGUUUUCUGAGCGCCGUUGCUAUGUGCUCAGCUGCCAUCGAAAAGAGAAUUGCCAGCCCAAGAAAAGACCAGGCAGGGACUCCCUCAUAGCCUUUGUGCAGCGUGGCCCGCCGCAAACCAUGGUGCUGCAGUCACUUGUCCGGGGAGAGCCCUAUCCCAACCACUGGCGGUCACUUCCCAAACACAGAGGGCUGGAGGACCCCCUGAAGGAUCUGGCCCUGUUGAACAGUCUUCAGGAUUUUGACAACCCUGACAUGGAAUAUGCUGAAAGCUACAGGGCAGGGGGCGAUGAAUUUAUCAAAGGGAAAGAUGACUCAAAGGCAGAACCAGAGGAGAGCUUCAGGCUCCCUGAUUGGACGAGAGCUCAGAGUAAAGAGGAAUUUAACCUAUCAAAAACGGAGGGAGACCAGGAGAAAUUCUCUAUCCUGAAGCCUUUUGAGAGCAUCCAUCUCCAGGUCAGUCCCUCUUCAGGAUUGACGGAGGAAAGCAGAGCAUCUCCCAGUACACCAGACCCCUCUAUCAGGCCCUCAUCAACUGUUCCAGUUACCCUGCUGAUUGAUGAACAUCCACAGAACGUCUCAGCUACAAGCACAGAGCCGACAACUCUCCUACAGACAGUUGCUGUUGAGUCAGCUGAACUACACAGACCCAGCACAUUUCCCUCCUCUCUACCCCAUCUAAGAGCCACUCCGCCAACCACCUCUGUUCAGCCAGCAAGAGCCUUGAGCGUGUCCAUUGGAAACCCUGUAGAUGUAACCCUACCAGAAGACACUGUGGAGCUUUCUGCUAAAGUGAGCCCUGAGCCUCAGGCAGAAGAUACGUACACAUUUGAAUGGAAUUUAAUCAGCUCGUCAAAUAACCACCAGAUGGUGAUGGAGGGCAAGCACAACAAGUCUGUCACAGUGUCAGCGCUGUCUGCAGGCACGUAUGUGCUAAAAGUGAGCGUCAGGGGGGAGCAAGCAUAUGGUGAGAACACUGUAAACAUCACAGUGCACCCUGCAACGAGUGAGAACAGGCCUCCAAAAGCCAUCGCCCUCCCUGAGACCCAGGAUGCGUCUCCCCCUGCCAGCUCCGUCGUCAUUAACGGCAGCCAAAGCGCGGCAGAUACUGGGAUUGUGAACUACCUGUGGGAACAGGUCGAGGGUCCGUCAUGGGAGGAUGGGGUGUCUGUGGACACACCAGUACUCUAUCUCCACAGUCUGCUUCCUGGCAACUACACCUUCAAGCUGACGGUGACUGAUUCUGAUGGGCAGACUGAUGCUACCACAGCACAGGUUAGAAUCACCGAACCAACUGAUGAUCCUCCAGUGGCCGAUGCAGGCCCUGACCAAGUCAUCACCCUACCCCUCAAUCACCUCACUCUACAUGGCAAUCAGAGUACUGAUGAUCACUCCAUCAACAGCUAUAUGUGGAGCCUCCAUCCAAGCAGCCAAACUAAAGAAGUGACCAUGCAGGGUGUGAGAACAGCAUUCCUGCAGCUUUCUGGUCUCCAGGAAGGUGUGUAUGUCUUUCAACUGACUGUCACUGACUCCAGCAUCCAACAGGACUCAUGCACAGUUACUGUUACUGUUCUGCCAGAGAACAGACCUCCCGUGGCAGUGGUUGGGCCAGACAGGCAGCUUGUUCUCCCUGACAGCAGUAUCACACUGAAUGGCACUGGCAGCACUGAUGAUCAAGCCAUCACCAGUUUCCGCUGGGACAUCAUUAGUGGACCUCCUGGUGCAAAAAUCAAGGAUGCCAAUAAGCCAGUAGCUACAGUAACAGGUCUCAGAGUGGGAAGUCACAAAUUCAGGCUUACUGUGCAAGACCAGCAAGGGGCAGAGGCCAGUGCACUACUGACCGUAACAGUGAAAGAGGCCAAAAGUCUACCUCUUGUAGCUCAUGCCAGUGGUAGUCACACGCUGACGCUGCCUAACAAUUCACUGGUGUUGAGGGGUUCAGUUUCCAACAGCGCUUCCAACAACGUGUCCUUCCUGUGGGUCAGAGACGAGCAGAGUCCUGCCGCAGGGGAUAUCCUCUAUGGCUCAGACCACCAGGCCUCCCUCUACCUAGCUAACCUGGUGGAGGGCACCUACUUGUUCCAGCUACGGGUGACUGACACCAAGGGGCGAUCAAGUGUUGCAACGGCCACUGUGGAAGUGCGUCCUGACCCGCGCGAGAGAGAGGAGGUGGAGCUUGAACUGCAAGUGGGAGUGGCUCAGGUUAGUCAUCAGCAGAAGGACACGGUGGUGAGACAGCUGGCAGCUCUGCUGCAUGUACUGGAAACGGAUAUUGCCCUGAAAGGCCUGCAUGGGCAAUCUGAUAUCAGCACAGUGUGGAGGUUCUCUGUGCAGGGUCCAGAUGGUAUAAUCCCCGGCCCCAAACUGGCUCGUUUGCUUAGGAACCAGCUCCUGACAGGGAAAAGUGAUUUCCUGCUUUUUAAAGUGCUCAGAGUAAACACAGUCAUGUGCAUGCUACUUUGCUCUGGACACGGCCAGUGUGACCCCAUCACCAGGAGCUGUUCCUGUGACCCUUUGUGGAUGGAGAACCCAGUCCGGAAGUUUCUCGCUGAUGGCGAGAGCAAUUGUGACUGGAGUGUGCUGUAUGUGACAGUGACAUGUUUCGUGCUCAUUGUCCUUGUCCUGUCAGUGGGCUGGGCAUGUAUCUGUUGCUGGAAAAGAGGGAGACGCACAAAAGUGAGGAAGAAAACCAAGUACACUAUACUUGACAACAUGGAUGAACAGGAGAAGAUGGAGCUGCGGCCAAAAUACAACAUCAAACACAGGAGCACAGAGCACAACUCCAGUCUAAUGAUGUCUGAGUCAGAGUUUGACAGUGAGCAAGACAUUGUCUACAGCUAUGAGAGGACAGACAGGGCCAGAAAUCGUGCCAACGGUGCAGCCAAAAGCAGAGAUGCAUUCAGCCUAAGACCUGUGGAUGGGUGA